CGCUCGCUCGUGCUGUUUGGUGUCGCUCCCUCUUGCUGGUGCUGUUGUUGACCCGCGAUCACUUGGCGGCAGUGGGUUAAAUUGCUGUUCCGUUCAGGUCAGGCCGGAAGGACCGUGGACACGGGGACCGUGCAUACGUUUUGUGAGUGAAUUGAUGUGUUAGAAAAGAGGUGACGAAGGUAACAAGGCGGAUGAAUACCAGCGCAAUUUGACCACAACGAUCGAUUGUGGUGUCCAGUGUUGAUCAGUGUGUUUCUGGUGUAAUCAAGAAAGAAGCCUUUAUCAGCGAGCGUACAAACUGAACCGCAGUGCUAGUGUCCGAGAAGCGAUUAAUUUGCAGCCAACGGACGUAUCUCAUCCGAAUCUCAAUUCCACAAAAGUAAUGGCAACGAAACGAUCUUGCCCCUCAUCCCAGCUCAGGGUAGUGGUGCUGUUGGUGGUUCUUCUGGCCGGCAAUGCACACCAGGUGCACGGGAACAACUCGAUGGAGAACCGAGCCAACUAUCCGUCGCAACACUGUACGGAUUUGAACUCACAGAACAGCCUAGACGUGGAGCAGAUAAUGGGCAUUUGGUACGGGAGCGAGGUGAUUACUCACAAUGGCCAUGAUGAGGGCGAAGUGGUGUACAACACGUGCGUCGUAAUCCACCUGGCAGAUGUAACCAACUCCACACCACUGGCACCGCCGAACCAUCAACCAGGUGGUGGUUCAUCUCCACCUUACUUUAGCCGCGGUUCCGCCUCGUCCUCCUCGUCCAACCCGGAUUAUCGCACGUCGUACGGUUACGGUUCACCGGGGAGCAGUGGCCAGGGUCGCUCCGGUGGCAGCAGCAACACCGGUACCAUCGGUAGCUCCAACUACGAUCUCUACCAGCAGCGUCAGUAUCAGCUACAAGCCCAAAGCAUGCGCUAUCUGCGGUUGAUCUGGGACGAAUCGGAACACACACUGGAGUACACGCUGCGCUACAACAGUUCCCGGCCCGGUUUCUGGAUUUCCUCGUCGCCCCAGUCCGGUUCGAUGAUUCAAUUGCAGUACGUUCAGUUCACGGGCACGGUGCAGGUGCUGAAGGCGAUCAACAACCAGCUCGUGCUCACCUUCUGCCAGAGCAUCCCAAGUGGUCAGCUGUUUACGGUCGUCCUGUCACGCAUCCCGAUGGGACUGGCACCGGAGGAAAUUCAAAGCAUCCGCAAUCUGCUACGACGGCGCGGACUACCGGCGACUUCCGUUCGCAAAGUUUGCCAAAGCGGUGCCUUCCGGAGUGAUCCGGUCUCGGUCGGAGUGUUGCUGCUUCUGCUGUUUGCUCUUUCGUUCCUUCCGAAACGUUUUCAUUGAUAGACCCACCUCCAAGGUUAUCCUCAUCUUACCAUCCCCUUUCCAUCGGUGCCAUUUGCAUGUCCAGUUUUUUUGUUGUUAAUUGAUGAUGAUGAUGAAGCUCAGCCUGCCUUUCCAUGUGAGUGCCUCAUAGUUCGAUGUCCAAUGAAUGUUUUCCUUUGAUUUUCCAUAAUUUCGUAUCGAUUUUUGAAGCGUGUAAUAGUGUUGGUAGUGCGUUUUGUGGUGUGCUCAGUGUAUUUCUCUCCAGAGUUUUGUGCAGAAACCAACGGUCAUUGUCUCAGAUUUGAAAAAAAUAGAAUGCUUUAGUGCUCCUAUAAGCUAAGCUGUAUUGAACCUGAAUAAAACGAAUCAUCUUCUGAGUGAUUUCGAAUGCGUAA